AUGAGAGAGCAGAACCGGGACUCUCGAAGGUGUCCGAAGUGGGAACCACUGCCGGCACUCUUGCCGUUAACGAUAGGACAACAUUGGCUUUCGUCGGAACCAGAUUUAGACAAUUAUAGCGCCGUAAUCAUGGAUGAGGCGCACGAACGCAGUCUCGACACCGAUGUCUUGUUUGGCAUUCUUCGCAAUGUUGUCGCCCGAAGAACAGAUCUCAAACUGAUCGUUACGUCGGCAACGAUGGACGCCUCGAAGUUUGCCCUAUUCUUCGGCAACGUUCCCGUCUUCAUAAUCCCCGGACGCACUUUUCCCGUACAACUCUACUUCUCGAAGAAUUCGUGCGAAGACUACGUCGACGCAGCCGUCAAACAGACGCUUCAAAUACAUUUGGGAGGACUUCCCGGAGAUAUACUGGUGUUUAUGCCGGGACAGGAGGACAUUGAGGUCACGUGCGAAGUGAUCGCCGAACGGCUCAAGACAUUAUCGGAGACCUCGCAGACAGAAACGCCCGAACUGUCAAUACUUCCCAUAUAUUCUCAAUUGCCGUCCGAUUUACAGGCGAAGAUCUUUCAGAAGGCUGAAGACGGUCUACGCAAGUGUAUUGUGGCCACGAAUAUCGCCGAAACAUCGCUUACAGUGGACGGCAUUAUGUUUGUGGUGGACGCCGGCUAUUGCAAGCUUAAG